UCAAUGUUCCGCCUCUUCUAGUGACGAACAAUGCAUAUAUUCAAAUAAGUACAGUGGCAAAUAUUGUGCUACAUUCCACAUAUAUCAAUAUCACAGGGUCAAUUUUAUGUAACUGAGUCAGUAAAAUUUUCCAUCAUAUCCACUUCCGGUUAUUCUCGAGGAAGACGUUAGAUUCUCGUCGUGACCGCCCGCAAAGUUCACUGCCAUCGGAGAGGAAAGAGGAGAAUAUAUUUUAUAUUAUUUGUCUACAUUGAUGACAGCAGUGAAAAACAUUACAGCAUGAGUCAGAGGACGGAGCGUCGUGGCAUCCAUGUGGACCAGUCGGAGCUCCUGUGUAAAAAGGGAUGCGGUUACUAUGGCAACACGGCCUGGCAGGGCCUGUGCUCCAAGUGUUGGAGGGAGGAGUACCAGCGGGCUCGACAAAAACAGAUCCAGGACGACUGGGCCCUAGCUGAAAAGCUGCAGCGAGAAGAGGCGGCGGCCGCGUACGGCAGCAGUCAUGGGGUGCCAGCCCAGACCCAGUCCACACCACCAACCCACUCCUCUCUCGGACCCUUCUCCAAGUUUGAGGAGAAGAAAACCAACGAGAAGACACGGAAAGUCACGACAGUCAAGAAGUUCUUCAGCCCGUCGUCACGCACUGCUUCCAAGAAAGAGUCUCCCGAGGUGAAGACGACCAGUCCGUCCAUGAGCCGCCAUGCUAGACUGGACUUCGACUCUGACCAGGUCUCCAGGGACUUUGUGGAGUUCUUGAAGAACUUUCAGCGGCCCGGCCGGGAGAUCCAUAAACAGUGUCGGAGCUUCCUUCUCAGCAUGUCCGGCAAGAAGGACCUGAAUGCAGAAGAACUAUCAGAGUGUGUUCAGGAUUUCUACCAGAGCAUGGCGGACCGCCUUACGAGUCACUUCAAAGGUUCCUCCGAGCCCGUAGAGCAGGUGAUGGACCAAGUGGAAAAGUACAUCAUGUCUCGUCUGUACAAAAGCGUUUUCUGCCCGGAAACUACAGAUGAUGAGAGGAAGGACCUCGCCAUGCAGAACAGGAUCAGAGCUCUUCACUGGGUCAACAUUCAGAUGCUUUGUGUACCGAUGGAUGAGGAAAUACCAGAAGCGUCAGAAAAUGUGGUCAAAGCCAUAACAGACAUCAUCGAGAUGGAUUCCAAGAAGGUUCCUCGCGACAAGCUGUCGUGUGUCACGCGAUGCAGCAAACACAUCUUCGCUGCCAUCAGGAACACCAAGAGCGAGCCGGCGUCAGCGGACGACUUCCUCCCCGCCCUCAUCUACAUCGUGCUCAAGGCCAACCCGCCAAGACUCCAGUCCAACAUCCAGUACAUCACGCGCUUCUGCAACCCCAGCAGGUUGAUGACGGGAGAGGACGGAUACUACUUCACCAACCUGUGCUGUGCAGCAGCCUUCAUCGAGAAGCUGGAUGCUCAGUCUCUCAACAUCACUCCAGAGGAAUUUGAGUGCUACAUGUCGGGCCAGGCCUCGCCACGGGUCCCCAACCCGACGGGGAACGAUUGGCACCACCGCGACACCCUACCGUACCCCGCGGAGCCCCCGAGCCCUGCCCUGGCCCAACUCCACCGCAACCUGGAGCUCCUGUCGGGCCUCUGCAGCCGCCAGGAGACCCUGAUGGGGGAGGCCCGGAGGCUGAGGGAUGACCUGCUCUCCUGGCCCGACAGCGUGCAGCGGGAGGUGCACAACGUCAUGGAGAAACACCCCCUGAAGGUGCUGGGUUGCACAGUGUCGGCCAUGGACGACAAUGCUGACAAUGCGGACAACGACCUGCUGCCCCUGCCGCUCACGCCGCAGGUGUUUGCUGGAAGCUGAUGAAGGCCGCCGGCCUGCAGGAGUGCAGAGCCGGGAACAUCUUGGCUAACACCCCCCUCCUCCAUCCCUCCAUCCUCUCAUCACGUCGCAAGGUUAGCGCUAAUA